AGAGAGCUUGAGAAGGUGGCUGGCCGUUGGAGGAGGGCCGUCCACUAGCCACCGUCCGCCGCGGCCAUUCCCUGAACCAGGUAGGUGCCCUGUUUUCUUUGGUGGGCGUCAGGCCGGAGCUCGCGGUCGACCAAGCUUUCGCGAGUUUCGAUCCCGUCAGCCUGGCGACUCCUUAAUGGAGACGUGAGAGGUAAGAAAAAGAGCCCACUCCGUCAGCGUAAUGAGCUCCGGUGUCUAUCUCCAAAGUCCACGAAGCAAAUGAGUGCUUGGUUGUCCUCACUUGGUUGUCCUCCCUCGGUUGUCCUCUCUCUGUGACUAACCAUGCCGGUCGUCAAUGUGAUUUCCACUUUCUUAUUCCACUUUGACCGGGCCGGCUCGGCGUGCUACAAUCUUUAAAUUAUCGCUUUCUUUGAAUGGCCAUGUGGUCAGCGUGACCGAGUCAUAAAGCAGAAUUGUCCUCCCUCGGUUGUCCUCUCUCUGUGACUAACCAUGCCGGUCGUCAAUGUGAUUUCCACUUUCUUAUUCCACUUUGAUCGGGCCGGCUCGGCGUGCUACAAUCUUUAAAUUAUCGCUUUCUUUCAAUGGCCAUGUGGUCAGCGUGACCGAGUCAUAAAGCAGAAUUGUUAAACUUCCAAUAUCUCUUAUGACAGCGUUGUCCUCGUCACCCUUUGUAUGUUAUAACUGAGCCUUGCUAGCAUCUGGCAACAGCAUCACAACCCCCCCAUCCAUCAGACCAAAACCCGUUAGCAACCUCCCAAUCGGUGCUGUGACCUCCGGAGUGACGUUCCCAUUAGGACUAGAGAGGAUCAUCAGCAAUGGAAUAUCUGCAGUACUCGAACACAAAGGCACUGAUAUCCAUAGCCGUGGUGGGCGUAAUAGGAGUGUUGCUGAGGCUGUACAACGCGCUGGUGAUGAAACCGGAAAAGUUGAGGUCCUUGCUGAGGAAACAAGGCAUCAAUGGACCGCCCCCCGCCUUCCUGCUCGGCAACAUCAUGGAGAUAAAAAAGGCGAGAUACUCCUCCUCCUCCUCGUCCUCCGUUCCCAUGACUCCGCCCGGCCGGCCCCCUGCCCGCCAUGAUUGCGCUGCUGUCCUCUUCCCCUUCUUUGACAAGUGGAGAAAACAAUACGGAGAUACAUUUGCGUUCUCGCUGGGGAGCACACAGAUAAUCUAUGUGAACCGACCAGACGUGGUGAGGGAGAUUACCACCUGCACAUCCUUGGACUUGGGUAAGCCCUCAUACCAGUUCAAGGAGAGGGGUCCCUUGAUGGGUCAAGGCAUCUUAACUUCCAACGGCCCCCACUGGGCUCAUCAGCGCAAGAUCCUCUCUCCUGAGCUCUAUAUGGAGAAGGUCAAGGGAAUGAUAAACCUCAUAAACGAGUCCACAGAGACACUGUUGAAGUCCUGGAAGAACAAAGUGGAUGCAGCCGGUGGAGUAGCCAGCAUUAACAUCGACCAGCACAUAAGAAGUUUCUCUGGAGAUGUCAUCUCCAGGGCCUGCUUUGGCAGCAAUUUUGCCAAAGGAGAGGAGAUCUUCCACACGUUGAGGGCUCUCCAGGAGGCCAUGUCCAAGAAAGUUCUUUCCACUGGGAUUCCUGGCAUGAGAUACCUCCCCACCAAGAGUAACAGAGAAGCCUGGGCACUGGAGAAGGAGGUCCGCAGUUUGAUACUGCAGGUGGUGAAGGAGAGGAUGGAAGCUGCAUAUGAGAAGGACCUUCUGCAGAUGGUUCUCGAGGGUGCCAAAAACAGCGACUUGAGCCAGGAGGCCAUGGACCGGUUCAUUGUCGACAACUGCAAAAACAUUUACUUGGCUGGGUACGAGACGACUGCCGUCUCUGCGACAUGGUGCCUCAUGCUGUUGGCUUCCAGUCAAGAGUGGCAAAAUCGUGUGCGUGCCGAGGUUCUUGAAGUUUGUGGGGACCGUCUUCCUGAUGCCGAUAUGAUCCGUAAGAUGAAACUGCUCACAAUGGUGAUAAAUGAGUCGCUGCGGCUAUACUCCCCCGUGCCAGUGGUGUCGAGGGAGGCCUUAACGGAUAUGAAGUUUGGGGACCUGAAAGUGCCGGAGGGGGUUAACGUGUGGACGAUGGUGUUGACAUUGCACACGGACCCUGAGAUAUGGGGCCCAGACUCUUACUCCUUCAACCCGGGCAGAUUCGCCAACGGGAUCACGGGAGCUUGCAACCUGCCGCACUUGUACAUGCCCUUCGGAGUGGGACCUCGCGUGUGCCUCGGGCAGAACCUGGCUAUGGUGGAGCUCAAGAUUCUCAUUGCCCAGCUUCUCUCCAACUUCUCCUUCACCCUCUCUCCCGACUACGUCCACUCCCCUGCUCUUAGGUUGGUUAUUGAACCUGAACACGGUGUCGAACUCUCCGUCACCAAAUUAUCUCGAGAUUGAUUCCUUCAAGAGCAGUUUUUCUUUUUUCUCACCCCGCUUUUUCUUAAGCCCACUGUACGUUUUCUUGCUGUGUCCACUGUCCAAAACCAGCUUUUUCUAUCCUUUUUGUCACUCUUGUAUCAGUUUAUGACAAAGUUCAUUCUUUUUUCA